UAUAGACCGCCGAAGGAAUUUUCAACAAAAGACUUUCGGUCUUUGAUUUUUCUUAGUCUCUUUGGUACUCUCUCUCUCUCUCUCUCUCUUCUAAGCCCCGUCAAUUCAAGCAUUCGAAGCCAUGGAAGCUGAUCCCUUUUAAACCAGGUUUAUCUUUCAUGUGGUUUUGGACCUUUGGAGUUCUUUCUUGAAGAUGGACUCUGGUGAGCUGGAUCGCAAUGGCAAAUGUGUUGAAGAAUUGUUUUCAGAGAAGUUAGUUCCUCUGAAUUCUCCUGAUACAAGUGAUAUGUUUGGUGAUCAACAAGUGCACCCCCGAGUUGGUGAUAAGUACCAGGUGAAAAUUCCACGCAUGAUAACAGAAUCUGAGCGGCUUCAUCUUCUAAGGAACCCAGAUGAUACUGAGAUUAAUUUUAAUGUUUCUCAUUAUUUUGUUUUGGGAUUAGCAGUUCCGGCAAUUUGGGUUGAUGAUAAAAUAAAUAACAAUCAAAAUAAAGGAAUUAAAGUUUAUAAAAAACGUGAUGAUUCAGUUAAUGCAAAGGGGUCAGUGGGAUCUAAAAAGGUGAAAAAGAGGCAACAUAUUUCAAAUAAGGAGGGUUUGAAAGCCAAAACAUUAGAUGUUGCAUUGGAUUGUGGAAAAGAAUCAAAGUCUAUCUCCGAACCUGCAAUGGCAGGAAAAGGUAACCCAAAUCAAAUGUGCAGAAGCAAAAGCUGUUGUUUGGUUCCUGGUUUGCUUGGUGAUUCUCCUUGGACAGACAUUGAAUUCAGUAGUUUUCUCCUUGCAUUAUAUAUUUUUGAGAAGAAUCUCGUUCAGGUGAAGAGAUUUAUGAAAAGCAAAGAAAUGGGGGAAAUCCUAUCCUUCUACUAUGGGAAGUUUUAUGGGUCUGAUGAACAUCGGAGAUAUGCAGAUUGCCGGAAGAUGAUGAAAAGCCGGAAGUGCAAGAUUGGACAGAGAAUUUUUACUGGAUGGAGGCAGCAGGAACUGUUAUCUCGUUUGCUUCUCCAUGUCUCAGAGGAUGCAAAAAGUACUUUGGUGGAGGUCUCAAAGGCAUUUGCUGAGGGAAGAACUUCUCUUGAAGAAUAUGUUCACACCUUAAAAACUCUUGCUGGUAUCCCUGUCCUCAUAGAAGCAGUAGGUAUUGGCAGGGGGAAGGAAGAUUUGACAAGCCUUGCAAUGGAGCCUACUAAAACUAAUCUAGUGUUUCCUUUCCGGCCCAAAAUACCAGUUGGCAAAGCAUGCUCUUCCCUUGCAUUUGAGGACAUAGUCAAGUUUCUAACUGGAGAUUUCCGGUUAAGCAAAGCUCAAUUAAAUGAUAUUUUCUGGGAAGCAGUCUGGCCCCGUCUGUUAGAAAGAGGGUGGCACUCUGAGCAGCCGAAGAAUCAUGAUUAUUAUAGUUCCAAACAUCAGCUGGUUUUUCUUAUGCCUGGUGUUAAGAAGUUCUCAAGAAGGAAACUUGUGAAAGGAGACCACUACUUCGAUUCUGUUCGUGAUGUUUUAAGCCGAGUUGCAUCAGAACCGAAACUUAUCAAGCUUGAGGACGAAGAACCUAGAGUCAGCAGCUGCGAGGAAGUACAUGAAAGAGAGCCAGAACCCACAAUAAACCAUGAUGAUCCAGCUGAUCAUCAGCAGCUUUAUUACCUUAAACCCCGAGUUUCAACAUACAAUCCAAAUCUUUUGAGGUUAACUGUUGUGGAUACUAGUUUGGCUUGUGGAGAAAAAUCAUCGAAGGUAAGAGAGCUGAGAAAUCUACCCUCUGAUACUGGAAUUACUUCUAUCUUGAGUAAUCAUUCAAAGGAAUCUGAUGGUGAUUCCUCCGGGGAUUCAGUCGAUGUGCCAGACUCUGUUGUUAUGUUAUUGAAGGGUCAGAAGAAACCUAGAUCUUCCAAUCAUAGUAAGGGUAUGGUUGACAAUAGCAAUUCAAACCAAAGGAUGUCAAUCGAUGACUCAAAAGCUGCGAAGAAAUUGGUGGGGAAUCACCACUAUCAGGACCCAGAUUUAUCUAAUGCCAAGCAGUUGAGGACCAUCAAGAACUGCUUCAGUAGGAGAGUGAGACCUGGCCGUUCAAAUUUGUUGCCCCCUCUCACGAAACAGCGGACAUUGGCUGCUUGUGCAAAGGAUGACACAAGUUGUAGCAUGGAGAAGUUCAUGGUGGGUUCUGGAUUCACACAAGUGGAACCCAGUUUCAGGUCUAACUCACUAGAUGUUUCCAAAGUUGGUCCUUUUGACGAGAAGAAGGUAUUAUCAACAAGUUCUUCGUUAGAAGGCAGUCCAAAAAGGGACAGCAACAAAGGCAUUCUUCAUGAGAAUAUGUAUGGUACGGGAAUAUCUCUUGCGGAAUGUGAGAAACCUCAAUCACAGCCGUUGAUCGACCUAAACGUACUCCAGGGCCUAUCAGAUUCUGAAAAUGGUGAAAUAUGCGACACGAAAGUCGAUGAAAGCCAGAAAAACCCUAAUGCUAAUGUUUUAUGCUUUUCCUCUGACAAAUACGAGCUUGUGAAAGAACCUAACAACUUGUGUACUUCCAGUAAUGUCAAUGCUGCAGAAAAACACCUAAUUGGGAGUCCUAGGAGGCAAAGCACAAGAAACCGGCCAUUAACAACACGAGCAUUGGAAGCUCUUGCAUUUGGCUACCUAAGCACAAAGCGGAAGCGAAAAGGCACGGAAAAUCAGAGGCAAGAUAACCCAGUAUCAAAGCAUUUCCUGCAAAGCUCACAUCAGAGCCGAUGUAACUUCAAAUUCUGGCAGCAUUAGCAGUGGUAUCUUGGAUGAUAAGGAUCAAAAUGGUGUGGACGGAGUUUGUAAGGGUAGCAAAAGUACGGUUAGCAAUUCUCUUUCUGAAACUGAAAGAAAAGUAGCUCUAGAGCUAGUGGAGAUCUCUAAAGCUACCUAUCAUCCAGGAGUUUUGAAUUUCAAUGAUGAUUGAUCUAGUUAAGGUGCUUAGGUUACCAAAGACAGCACAUUUUAUACUGUCUUCUUUUCAUCUUUCUACAAUCCCUGUACCAUUCAGUUAACCGUUACAAUGCAUCACAUCACGGUACUGACAUCCAUUUGAGAAGAAAUAUAGGUACCUUUUACUCUCUGUCGUGAUUUGGCAUGUUACAGCCACAGCGGUUAGGCAAUGGGCACUUGCUGACCAUUGCUAUGUAAUGUUUGUAGAGGAAACAAGCUUGUUUUACAAAUUACACUACAAUCUUCAUAUUUCAAAUUCUGUACUCUGAAGUAAAUUCUGUUGGCAAAAGUUGAAUAUUACCGGAUUGUAAACAUGUCAAUGUCCUUGGGUGUAUUGUUACAAGCUAUUCACAAUCGAUGAACGUACUGGUGGGGAUUGGAAGGCAUUGGAUAAAGGAAAACUUAAAGAUUUUAUAAUUUUAUUUAUGAGGUUUAAUUCAAUUUAGAGUUAUGUUAGGUUAGUGUUCUAUAUUUGUAACCUUAAAUGGGGUUUCCUAUGUUGCCUAUAUAUAUGGUUCUAUGUAAUAGUUUUAUAUUAGCUUUAGAUUAAUGAGAUAUUGAGUAGAUUGUGGCCGUU